AUGAAUACUGCGGUAUGGGAUGGGUUCUACGAGAUCACAAUGGGGGUUGUGAGUUGGAUGGGUGCGAGGAAGAUACCAAGCUUGAGGUCCCUCUUGGAAGUAGAAGCAGAAGCGAUGAGAUGGACAAUGAUGCAAAUGGUUAGACUGCACUUUACUAAUGUGUGCUUUGAGACAGAUUCUAAGGAGCUAAUGGAAGCAGCUAACCAAACGGGGUUAAAUCCAGUGAUACACUCAUACGCCCAAGAUAUAGCAGCAAUUCUUGCAUCAAGGAGGGACUACAAAGUGGUGUUUAAAUGCAGAGAAGGAAAUCGUGUGGCAGAUAGAGUAGCAAAGGAAGCUAUAUCUUUAGAUAACAAUGCUUCCAAAUUGUACUCUGUAAUGCUAGUUUGGAUAAAAUCCCUUGUGGAAGAGGACCAAGGGUCUAACUGGUGA